CUCUGGUUUCUUCUGGUUGCGAAUUACUGAAUGGCACCGAAAUAGCUUGUGAAAGCUACCAGCCCAAAGCGCGACCAAAAUCCUAGUCGAGACAUACGUUUAAAAUUUGAGUCUUUGUCCAUCGAAGUUUUUGAAUGAUUGUGACCAGAUCCAUCCCAGACUGGUCAUGGCGUACAACUCGUUGAACGCCAAAGGCAAAGCAGUUGGCGCAGGCUCGUCCCUCCGAAUCACACCCACCAAUUCUCCAGGCUUAAGACCCCCGCGGACUCCCAACAAAGCACCGCAACACCAGGCAACCUUAUCCCUACAGACCGUGAUCGGUACGACUACAACUUCUCCCCAUGGAUUUUCCAGUCAUGACCAGAGCAAAUCGUUUGCCAUUUGCGCGGGUUCAGCAGCCAUCCUAGCUGAAUUAGACGAGGCGGGCAAUGUGAAUCAACGCUUCUUCCGAGCACGCCCCUCUGCCUCGAGCGUCCACCCUGUCACUUCGUUCUACCAUCAAUCUACUCCUCCAAGCACACCAGAUACUCGCACCAGGCCGUUAUCAGGCGUUAAGUCCACAGCCCAUAACGCCAUUCUCAGCGGCUCACCGGCGAAUGAGUUGGCAGAAAGUAACAGCAGCCGCGCCUGGUCUUCACGAGAAAGAGUAAAAGCAGUUACAAGUGUUUCAAUUAGCCCAAACGGGAGAUUCCUUGCUGUGGGCGAGACUGGAUAUGGCCCUAGAGUCUUGAUCUACUCAACUGCCAAAGACGCCCCUUCCGAUGUUCCGCUGUCAAUUCUUACUGAACAUACCUUCGGCGUCCGCGGGCUUGCUUUUAGCAGUGACUCCCAGUACCUGGCUACGCUUGGUGACACUAAUGACGGCUUUCUGUUUGUUUGGUCGGUCAGUCUGAAAAGUGGCGCCGCAAAGCUCCAUUUAACCAACAAAUGCACGUCUUCGAUACGGGACAUGUGUUUCAUGGGCCAAACUUUGAUCACGGUGGGAGUUCGACACGUCAAAGUCUGGAGACUGCCAGAAACAAGGCCUGCAUCGCCUACUAAGACUCGCCACAACAUGGAAUCCGCCCCUAGCUCACCUAGCUUUGCUCCGCGAGCACUGUCUGGAAGAAACUGUUUACUGGGGUCUUUGGCAGAGAGCACGUUUACAAGUGUGGCAAGCGUUUCUGACCAUGAGGCCGUGGUAGGCACGGAUACGGGUGCGCUGUGUUUUCUCAGUGACGCAGAGGGCUCUCAGAAAAUAACUCUGGUGGAGAACGUGGGUUUCAGCAUCACGUCCUUGAUGGUGGACUCGGAUCGUUCCUGUGUAUGGGCUGGCGGUCGAGGCAGGCGAAUGCAGAGAUUCCCAUUUGAGGUUCUACAAUCAUCUGCUGCCCCCUUGUCGCCUGGCCUUUCUGAAACGCCCUCCGAGGAACAGAAAUGCAGAGGGCCUGCUAUCGCAUGCAUGGGAUCUCUGACAACCCACAUAGUUACAGUUGAUACGACCCGAGCUAUCCAUAUCUACCCGUUUGAUGCCGUGGAGGAUGAACAGAGCCACGUGGAGACCACUAUGCCUGCUCAUCGAGAUGCUGUGCUUGGGAUCGGUCCAUUAAAGGUACCGAAUGACCUGGAGGCCGACUUCUUCACGUGGUCAUGUAAUGGCACAGUGAACUUCUGGGACACUCUUGGCAAGUGCCGGGGUUCUCGAGUCAUUCCUUUGGAGGAAGUUCCGGGUGUAGAUGAAGAAGCCUCAAAUGAAUUGAGGGUAGUGAGGGCCAGCGACGGGAUGAAUGUGUUCGUUUCUGGCGAUAAAUUCGGUGUAUUACGAGUGCUAGAAGGACAGUCUUGGAAGUGCAUGAAUCAAGUCCGAGCUCAUGGAGCCGAAGUCACUGGUAUUGCGUUGAGCACAGCUUUCGACUCUUGUCUCAUCGCCAGUUGCGGCCGUGACCGCAUGGUACAGCUUUUUCAGAUAACAGAAGACAGCCUAAAGUUAGUCCAAACGAUGGAUGACCACGUAGGCGCUGUGGGGCAGGUUCUUUUUAUCAACGAUGGGGAAAUCCUUCUCUCAUGCUCUGCUGAUCGCACGGUACUGAUUAGGGAGCGUGUGACCCGAGAGGCCGAUGAGGGUGUUUCGAUUGCUUACAUGAUUUCCAAAGUCAUAACAUUGAAAUCGUCCCCGGUCUCUAUGUCCUUGUCCGCAGAUGACACAGAUGUCCUUGUCAUAUCCACGGCAGACCGAUGUGUACACCAAUAUGAGAUACCGUCCGGUCGUCAUCUGAAUUCUAUCCGAGCUGUCGAUUCCGAUUCCAAUGAUGCGGUGGUAAUGGGUGCAUUGACAGUAGCUGGGGAAAUCUUGGGACAUAGUCCCAAGCUAUUAAUAGGAGUGGCCAGCACUGAUAAGUCGAUACGUGUGUAUGACUUGGACCGAGGUGUAUUACUCACUGGUGAAUUCGGCCAUACAGAGGGUGUGAGUGACGUGCAGUUGCUGGAAAGGAACCCUGAUCCGUCCAGUCGAACCGUCGUACGCACAUUGAUAAGCUCAGGUAUGGACGGUGUUGUGAUGAUGUGGAACAUUUCGGUGCAGCCCCUCCAAGCGCAAGAAAUCACCAGAACCACGUCAAAGGAGGAAGAUGAGGGUGCAAAGGAGAUGACCCUUUCUAGACCUCCUAUACGGAAGAUCUUAUCAAAGAAUGAACUUGCCGAAUUUCGACAUGAGCAUGGGACAGGGUCCUCCACACCGACGCGCGAGCAAUCUCCGCCACUCAUACGCAAACUGUCAAAACUUUCUCUUGCGCCCUCGUCGACCAAGAAUGGAGACGCUACACCGCCGACACCGACACCAGCAUCAGCACGCUCUAGCUCGCGUCUAGAGAGAUCACGUAGGACACCGUCACCUCCUAGUCCCAAGUCAACCCCCGCGAAAAAGACCAGCCACUUAAGCCACAGCAAUCACCGCUCACCAUUAGACAUCCGAUCCCGUACUAGGUAUGGCGGAAAGACUGAGUUCGGAAGCCUUAACAUGUCUACCGAACAAGUCUGCCGUACACUGCGAGCUUAUAGAAAGAAACUUAAUGGAACGAAAGAGAAUCUGCCCUCUCAAAAAGAGCUGGAGCGGGAACUCGGGCUUACACUACGCGCUUUACAUCAUCGAACAAAGGGCAGUGAAAGCACUGAAACUGAGACCGACAGCAGCGGAAAAGAAAAUGAAAACCUGAACACAGGAGAGUCCUCGGUUCGUAAUCUCAAUAUCCAUGCCCAUCCAACCUGUAACUUGAGUCAGAAGCAAUCCCCGACAUCUUCCAGCAGUCACUCGACCGAAGAAUAUGCGGAGUGAUGAAAUAUAUUCCAUGUCACUCUUUUACGCCAUUGAACGCUUUAUACAAUCUUUUCCCGAUCGUUUCGAGUUCAACAUUUUCGUCACCUUUUCCACAGUGCAUCUUGUGGGCUAUGAAAACUUCUAUAUCGGACUGGGGAUUACCA